UACCGCUUGGAGAUACGGUCAAAGGAUCCAAACGCGGCCCAGCGAAAGACGCCAUGUUAGCUGUGCGCAACGAACGAGACCAAAUGGCCUUCUCGUAAUCUACGCUUCUUUUCGGCGAGAUAAAACUACACCAUGGCGAGUGGUUUGUUGUCGCUGAAGUGGAAUAACCACAGGACAACUUUCUUCCACGUCCUCUCCACUAUCAGGAGCAAGGAGUCUUACUGUGAUGCCACCAUUGCCUGUGAUGGGAAGUUUUACCCAGUCCAUAAACUGGUGUUGUCAACAUGUAGUGAUUAUUUUGAACAGAUGUUUGAAAGGACAAACUGUAAACAUCCUAUUAUAGUGUUGAAAGAUAUUAGACAUGAGGACCUUGAGGCCCUCCUGAACUAUAUGUAUGUAGGUGAAGUGAAUGUGUUACAAAAUGAACUGGCAGGACUAAUAAAAGCUGCAGAAUGCCUAAUGAUAAAAGGAUUAGCAGUGCCUGAUGAAGCCCCAACUAAAGAAUCAAAAAGAAGUUCGGGGAGUGGGAAAGAAGAUAGUCCUAUAGCGAAAAGAAGAAAGAAAGACGAUGAACCUAGGUUAUCAACCACCUCAGUUAACCAGCAUGUACAAAGAGAAACAAGAGAGUCGCCCAAUGUGACCUCUACUCAAUCCCAAAGACAUUCAGCGAGUGCCUCCAUUCCAACUCCUUCCCCUACAGUGUCCAGAACUGCUCCCCCUCCUAUCUCUCCAUCACCCUCAAUUGGUAGUGUCUCUGACGCUGUGUCUGAAGACUGUAGCCAAGGCCAGAAUGAAAGUGAUUUACCAGCCCUAUCCAAUGCACAGGAUCCAAAGCAUGGUAGUGGUGAGCAAGCAUCUAGUCAAUCGCAACAGGCUGUACCUGAGGUAAUAUUAGACGAACCUGGUGUCAAAGAAGAACCCCAAGAAGUUGAAGAGGAAGUAACGGAAACAAAAGAGAUAAUAGAGUCCCAGUUUUCAUUUGAUCCCCUAACGGAAAGUGAUUCUCGGACGGAAGCAGGUGGUGGAGGUGGUAAUAGCAGUGGGAGCACAGGUGCACCUGGUUAUGAUCCACAGAUAAUGGGUUCUCAGCCUCAGUCAAUGGAAGAACUAGUUGCUCAAGCCAUUCCAGGUUCCUCUGGAUUACAGGGGAAUUCCGUUUCCCUCUGGGAGGGAGACGGAAGUCUACAAGGCUUUCCUAUGGAAGGCUAUAGUGGAGAUGGUUCUCGGCCACCUCAGAUGGUGAGUGUUCCAAUUCCUGUUUACUUUGAGAUGCUAAAUUAUACACAACCUGUUGCUCUUCCAAAACUCAUAAGGUUUCUUUGA